ACAUAUCUCUUUAUCAUCUCAACUUUUACACCUCAGGACCGUCAGAAUGGCUAUGGUAUCAGACUUCCUGGGACAACUGUCUCUCAACGUUGCGACCAAAGAGCCCAAGUUCCCCACUGUGGUCACUGCAACGGACUUUGACCCUGACAGAGAUGCUGCCAGAAUUGAGACAGCCAUCAAAACCAAAGGAGUGGACGAGCAGACCAUCAUUGAUGUCCUGACAAAACGGACCUACGCUCAAAGAAGAGAUAUCGCCUUCGCAUAUGAAAAGAGGGCGAAGAAGGACAUGAUCACAGCCCUGAAGGGGGCGCUGUCUGGAUCCCUGGAAACAGUGAUCCUUGGACUGAUGAGGAGCACGUCCCAAUAUGACGCCUCAGAAAUCAGAGGAUCAAUCAAGGGUUUAGGAACAGACGAGGAAACACUGAUUGAGCUUUUGUGCUCACGCAGCAACGAUGAAAUGGUGGAAAUCAAGACGGUUUACAAAGAACUGUUUAAGAAGGAUCUGGAAAAAGACGUUGCAGGUGACACCUCUGGGAAUUUUGCCAAGCUGCUCUUGGCUCUGGUGCAGACCAAGAGAGCUGAACCAACCUCUGUUGUAGACUUUGAAAAGGUCGAUAUAGAUGCCAGAAAACUCUACGAGGCUGGAAUACAGAACAAAGGAACCGACGUGGUGGCCUGGAUCUCCAUCAUGUCUGAGAGAAGUGUGCCACACCUGCAAAGAGUGUUUCAGAGGUACAAGAACUACAGCCCCUAUGACAUGCAGGAGAGUAUUAUGAAGGAAGUCAAAGGAGACUUGCAAAAGUCCUUUCUGGUGCUAGUUCAGUGCUUUGAAAACAAACAGCUGUACUUUGCCAAGAGACUGAGUGAAGCCAUGAAGAGCAAAGGAGCCAAAGAGAAGGUGGUGACCAGGAUCAUUGUGUCCCGCUGCGAGGUGGACCUGCAGAAGAUCUGCUCCGAAUACAAGAGCAACUUUGGACAGACUCUGCAAAAGACUAUUUUGGAACACACCAAGGGAGACUACCAGAAGGCAAUGCUCGGCCUGUGUGGACCAGAGCAGUAGAAAUCAAUCAUCAGUAUCAAAAGGGUUUCACCUUUCCACCACUGGAGAGGUGAAUAUCACACUUCAGAGGAAACUCUGCGGCUAAAGCCCAUCCAAGUUAUUCCACACAAACGCACACACACACACUCUCACAGACACACACACACAC